UGGUCUCGAUAAUUAAUGCCUUCGUCUUUCAGUAAGAGGACAUAACGUCACUUGUUCCUCAUAGUGUACAUCAUAUGCAUCCAGACAAUGCAGCAAGCCUCAAUGCAUAUGCCCAAUCUUCCUGCGCACUGGUCCCAUUGCGUGUCAUCCGCAUGCAGCGCUUGCCAAAGGUGGCUGCAAACGUUGCGUCGCAUCGCAUCAUUCAAACUCUUGUACCCAUCUUGUACCUAUCAUGACCUGCAUCCUCAUCAUGCGAACCGCUAUCCACACUAACAACACCAUCCUAGCGGACAUACAGCCUCAUUCCCCCCUCUCGACUGCCUGUCAUACGCGAGCGUAGGCGCACUGAAAUAGCUCGA